GACCUGAACGGGGACGGCUACCUUGACCUGAUUGGCACUAACAGCAGCGGGCCGAGGUGGGAUGCGCUGAAGAACGAGUUCGUGCCGGAAAAUGGGGCCGGUGUUCGUGUGGAUGAACGGAGGUGGCGAGAACCAUUGGGUAACGCUCGUACUUAAAGGGCGUAUGGGAGUAGAUGGCACGGGCAGUAACGCGGACGCCGUGGGUGCGCGGGUGCAUUUGAAUGCGGGAGGGCGCACGCAGGUUCAGGAGGUGCGCGCAGGAUCGAGCUACCUGUCUAUGGACAGCAUUGCGUUGGAGUUCGGUAUCGGAACUGCUGUGAUGGUGGAUGAGAUUGAGGUGCGGUGGCCGAGCGGAAGGAUUCAGGUGAUCGAAGAUGUCCCGGCUGAUCAGGUAGUGGCGAUUGAGGAGCCCGGGUCGUGA